UUUUUUUAAUUUUAGGAAAACAGCUUCUUCAUUCAAUAGAUUAAGCAACAAACAUUACAAACAAAUUGAGACACUUGAAUUGGAUUUUCGAAAAUCAAACACAAACAUAGAUUGUUCAAAAGCCAAAAAGACAUAACCAAACUAGCAUCAGUUCAGUUCAUUCAACCUGGCGAUAUAAGAAUGAGAAUCCACAGUCUUUUUUCCAAUCCAGUUACGGAUAAUUUCUUUGACUUGUGUUCGCACAAUUCAACUAUCAUUGGUCUCAAAAUUGUCCAAUUGAAAGCUGGUGGAUGAGUAGAGAGAUUGUUGCAAUGGGGACCAGCCUCGUAAACUGGAUACUUUGUUCCAAAAGACAUAACCCUCAUGGUGCUUUUUGUCAAACAACUAGAGUGCAGCCUUAAACCAGAAAAAGAAACUCCAUGGUGGCUUUGGAGGUUGAAAGGCGUCAAUCUGAAUUCGGAAAGGUCAAAGAAUUAUUGAGUAGAAACUAUGUAUCUCACAACAAGUUUGAGGGCUGUCCAAAGAAUAGGCUUUUCAUUUCCCAGUCCAGGUAUCUAGGAAAUCUGGUCCGACCGCUAUGCGGUUCAUCUGAAGCAGAGAAAUCCACUUCUCCUAAAGAACUUUACGAUGAAAAUGAUCCUGAAGCCGUGAUUAGGGCAUUUGAAAGCAACCCGUCUCUUCAUACAAAUUAUUUGGCAUUUUCUGAAUAUGUUAAAGCAUUAGUAAAAGUUGGUAGGUUGUCUGAAAGUGAAUUUCUGAAAACUUUGCUAAGAGCUAUUUCUAAUUCAGCGAAAAAAGAAGAAAGUAGUAUAGGCGGCAUUGCGGCUCUUACAAAUGUCGGAGAACCUACAAGAGAUGGGAUUCUUGAAACUACAAGUGCUCCUACUGAUAUGGUCGCUGCAUUAGAAGGUGGAAAUUUCAAAGAGCAGUAUGGCAUACAAUUUGGUUUAUUGCAGUGGCCUUCCACUGAGUUUAAUUCAAUCAUAAAUCUGAAUUUGAUUUGCACAUUCUCUGUUUUGUUAUUCACCCUUUUUUUUUAUAUUACUUUUAUGUACAAAGAAGUGCAGCCCAGUCUAGAGACAAGUACUAAACUUAGCGAUAUGAAAGGUGUAGGCGAGGCAAAGGCUGAACUUGAAGAAAUUGUUGAUUACCUAAAAGAUCCUAAGCACUUUACUCGUCUUGGUGGCAAACUCCCAAAAGGUAUUUUGAUUGUUGGCCCGCCUGGCACUGGUAAAACAAUGUUGGCGAGAGCUAUUGCUGGAGAAGCCGAGGUUCCUUUCUUCUCAACCAGUGGACGUGAAUUUGAAGAGAUGGUUGUUGGUGUUGGUGCACAAAGGGUGAGAGAUCUUUUUGCUGCUGCAAAAAAACGGUUGCCUUGUAUAAUCUUUAUUGAUGAGAUUGAUGCGUUUGGUGGAAAACUAAAUUCAAACGACCAAAUGUACAUGAAGUUGACUUUAAAUCAAAUGCUUGUUGAGUUAGAUGGACUCAAACAAAAUGAAGGCAUAAUUGUGAUUGGUGCUACUAAGUCUCACAAGUUAAUAGAUGAGGCUUUGUUGAGACAUGGGCGAUUUGAUCGCCUUGUUGUUGUUCGCAAACCUGAUGAAGAAGGACGGCGAGAGAUUUUGGAAUAUCACAUGUCAAAGGUUCUGAAGGCAGAUAAUGUUGAUCUGAUGAAGAUUGCUCAGUUUACACCUGGGUUCUCUGGUGCUGGCCUUGCAAACUUGGUUAAUAUUGCUGCCCUGAGGGCUGCAAAGGACGGUGCCGAAGCCGUGAGCACACUUGAUUUAGAGUUUGCACUGGACAUGAUUAUAAUGGGAAGUCAGCGCAAGUCAGUUGUUAUAUCUGAGGAAUCAAGAGAAAAGACUGCUUUCCAUGAGUGUGGCCAUGCCUUAGUUGCAAUUUAUACCGAUGGUGCGAAUCCAAUUGACAAGGCAACUAUUGUUCCUCAUGGGGGAUAUCGUGGUAGGGUUUAUUAUUUGCCUCGUGACAAAGAUGAGAACAGGCUCUCUCGUAAACGGAUGCUUGCCAAACUUGAUGUUAGCAUGGGAGGUCGGGUUGCUGAAGUGCUAAUUUUCGGACAAAGUGGAGUUAAUGCCGGUGCAUGCUCAGAUAUUUUUAAGGCAACUUCUCUGGCCAGGAGAAUGGUUACCAGAUAUGGUAUGAGUACUGAAGUUGGACCCGUCAGUCACGAUUACUUCGAUAACGGGAGAAGUAUGAGCUCAGAAACUAGGCUGCUUAUUGAGAAAGAAGUGAAGAAUUUGCUUGAGAGAGCUUGCAACAAUGCAAAAACUAUUCUAACCACCCAUCAAAAGGAGCUUCAUGUGCUUACAAAGGCUCUUCUGAAGCAUCAGACACUUACAGGAAAACAGAUUAAAGAUUUACUUGCAAAUGGGCAGUCACGUGUAGUCAAAGCUAAGGCUAAGUUUGGAUUGAUGAUAUGUGAUGGAAUGGAAUGGAAUGAAAUUGAAUAAAUUAAAAUUCCAUUGUUUGGAUAGUCAUUAAAAGAGUGUACUGGAAUGGAACUCAAUGGUAUGUAUUCCAUCACUUACACUCAUUUUGCUUACCAUCCGAUUUGGGCGGAAUAAGAUGGAAUACUCAGUUAAUUAAUUUUGCAAACUACUAAAUUACAAAUAUAUCCCUUACCUUCUCUACAUAAUUCUGUUCCCUCUAUUCUUCACUUCAACAAGUUGUUUUUCUUCGA